GUUUCAAACCUUAACCUCUGCCUAUCCGCUAUUGACUAAUGCCUUGCCUGACUGCUUUGAAGGAUGCUGGUUGUGUGUCCCUCCUGGGUCAAACUCACAACCACCAUUUGUGGCUUCACCCACUCAUUGUCUUAUUAGAUUCUCCUAUCUUGCCGCCUGCAAAUUGCUCUGAGUCAGUAACAACCACUACCCUGUCCCUCUCCCACAUCUCUCUCUUCGGUGCUGCAGACUGCUUUAACUCCUCAGGAACACACUUUGUGGGAACUCUGGAUUCUGCAGAUCGCAAUAAUGCCAUGACGCUUAGUGACUACCACACCGUCCCUAAUUCCAAAUAUUCACUUCGUCUCGAGUCUCUGCGGAACGGCAGUCGACCGACCGCUGCCUAUCUUAGGUGGUCUGGGACUUGUGCCCGGUGUUCCUUUUUCCUAAAUUAGGGUUGGGACCAGGUGAAGAACCUUUGCCGAUUCCCAUCACUGAAUUUAGAACAGCAGGGCAUGACUAACGAGCCGUCCCGCUCCCACCCCUGGGGGCGGGGUAGGGGGUGCUCCGGGCAGGCUCUCACGUGUGCGGUCUGCAGAGGUUGGUCGGGACAGGGUAGGACGCGGCCCCCGCGGCCCCAGGUCAGCGCGCGCCCCUCCUCCGGGCCUGAGUCACCGCGUCGCCCGAGUCCCCACGCCAGGAUGCUGCGCUGAGCACACGGUCGGGACGCCGCGGGGCCCUGGGGGCGCUGGCAGCGUGGGGUUCUCGGCCGCCCGGCGGCGCCGCUCGGGACUUGCUCGGACGCUCGGCGGCCUGCGCGCCCGGGCCUCCAUGGCGUUCACCCGGAAGAGGCAGCGCGAGCAGCAGCUGCAGCUCUACUCCUCCAAGGAGAGGUUCUCCUUGCUGCUGCUCAACUUGGAGGAGUACUACUUCGAGCAGCACACGGCUUUCCACGUCCAGAGCCAGGACAGCCACGAGGAGAGGAAAACCAGAGGCUCCUUAAAGAUAUGUUCAAAAUCAGUGAUUUUUGAACCAGAUGCGAUCUCCCAGCCCAUCAUUAAGAUCCCUUUGAGAGACUGCUUGAAAAUAGGAAAACGUGGAGAAAAUGGAGCCAACAGACACCUUACAAAGGCAAAAUCUUCAGGUAUUUCACUCAUUUUCAGACAGGUGUACUUCAUUAAAGAACACAACAUUGUGGCGCCAUAUAAGAUAGAACGGGGAAAGAUGGAGUAUGCCUUUGAACUGGAGGUUUCUGGGAAGGUGGAGGAUGUUGUGGAGACGCUGCUUCAGCUGCACAGAGCAUCCUGUCUUGAUAAACUUGGUGACCAAACAGCCAUGAUAACAGCUAUCUUGCAGUCACGUUUGGCUAGGACAUCAUUUGACAAAAACAGCUUAGCUGUCAGUUCGAGCAAAUCUUUUGAAGGCGCCUCAAAUUACAUUGAUUACUUACCUGUCAUUCCCCACAAGGACCAAGAGAUUUUGGUGCAAGGUUCUGCUGACCUCAUAGAAUGGAUUGGGAUGUGUUCUGUGGUCCUGUGUUUACCAGAAGAACGAGGCUUGCCCCACCCCUGUCCCGCAGAGAACCACGCCACCGAGCACACUGCAGAGAGCUACAUGCUGCAGUGGCAGCGAGGGCUCCUCUCCAACUCCCAGUACCUGCUCCACCUCAACAACCUGGCCGACCGCAGCUGCAAUGACCUCUCCCAGUACCCCGUGUUUCCGUGGAUAAUAAAUGACUACUCCAGCCCGGAGUUAGAUUUGUCCAAUCCUGAAACCUUCCGAGAUCUUAGUAAGCCAGUGGGCGCCUUAAAUCAGGAGCGGCUGGAGAGACUGCUGACGCGAUACCAGGAAAUGCCCGAGCCGAAGUUCAUGUAUGGGAGCCACUACUCCUCACCGGGCUAUGUGCUCUUCUACCUCGUCAGGAUUGCACCGGAGUAUAUGCUGUGUCUACAGAAUGGAAGAUUUGAUAAUGCAGAUAGGAUGUUCAACAGUAUUGCAGAAACCUGGAAAAACUGUUUGGAUGGCGCAACGGAUUUUAAAGAGUUGAUCCCGGAAUUUUAUGAUGAAGACGUCAGCUUUUUAGUCAAUAGUCUGAAGCUGGAUCUGGGAAAGAGACAAGGAGGACAGAUGGUUGACGACGUGGAGCUCCCAGCAUGGGCCUCAAGUCCCCAGGACUUCCUCCAGAAGAACAAGGCUGCCUUGGAAAGCAGUUACGUCUCCGAGCACCUUCACGAGUGGAUUGAUCUCAUAUUUGGCUAUAAGCAAAAAGGGAGUGAGGCUGUAGGAGCCCACAAUGUAUUUCAUCCCCUGACCUAUGAAGGUGGUGCAGACCUAAACAGCAUUGAGGAUCCUGAUGAGAAAGUAGCCAUGCUGACCCAAAUUUUGGAAUUUGGGCAGACACCAAAACAGUUGUUUGUGACACCGCAUCCUCGAAGGAUCACACCCAAGUUCAAAAGUGUGUCCCAAGCCUCCAGCUAUAAUGCGUCUGUGACAGAUUCCCCAGUCUCUCCAGGGGAGGAGUCAUUCGAAGACCUGACCGAGGAAAGUAGAAGCCUGGCCUGGAAUAACAUCACCAAGUUGCAGCUGCAUGAACAAUACAAAAUCCACAAAGAGGCAGUUACAGGGAUAGCAGUGUCUUGCAAUGGGUCUUCAGUCUUUACCACAUCACAAGAUUCCACUCUGAAGAUGUUUUCUAAGGAAUCCAAAAUGCUACAAAGAAGCAUAUCAUUUUCAAAUAUGGCUCUAUCAUCUUGUUUACUUUUGCCAGGAGACACCACUGUCAUAAGUUCUUCCUGGGAUAACAACGUCUAUUUUUAUUCCAUAGCAUUCGGAAGACGUCAGGACACAUUGAUGGGACAUGAUGAUGCUGUCAGCAAGAUCUGUUGGCAUAAUGACAGGCUGUAUUCUGCAUCGUGGGACUCUACCGUAAAGGUGUGGUCCGGUGUUCCUGCAGAAAUGCCAGGCACUAAAAGACACCAGUUUGACUUGCUGGCCGAGCUGGAACAUGAUGUCAGUGUCGAUACCAUCAAUUUAAAUACUGUAAGCACACUGUUAGUUUCUGGCACCAAAGAAGGUAUGGUGAAUAUUUGGGACCUCACUACGGCCACCUUAUUACACCAGAUUUCAUGCCAUUCAGGGACAGUAUGUGAUGCUGCUUUUAGCCCAGAUAGUCGCCAUGUCCUCAGCACGGGAUUAGAUGGCUGUCUAAACGUGAUUGAUGUGCAGACGGGCAUGCUCAUCUCAUCCAUGGCCUCGGAGGAGCCACAGAGGUGCUUUGUCUGGGAUGGAAAUUCCGUCUUAUCUGGAAGUGGGUCUGGUGAGCUGCUUGUUUGGGACCUCCUUGGAGCAAAGAUCAGUGAGCGGAUACAGGGCCAUACAGGUGCCGUGACAUGCAUAUGGAUGAACGAACAGUGCAGCAGCAUCAUCACGGGAGGGGAAGACAGGCAGAUUAUGUUCUGGAAACUGCAGUAUUAAGUGCCUUUUCCUCACUGUUGAGUUCACGUCUAUUUAAUGUGAACUGGCGAAUGUGCAAUGACAGUACUUUAACUACAUGAAGAAUUUGUGGUUUCAGCUUCCUAAAUUAUGAUGACUUCAUUCAAAGCCAUUUGUUGUCAUCCAUUAAGGCAGAUAAAUAUAUGGCGGUGUUAGGGGCAAGAACAUUCUUUUGAAGACAGGACUGUCACCUGUGAUGAAGGUUACAAGACUCUACCCGGUGGCAGAGGAUAAGAACUACCCAUCCAGCUGAGAAAACCGCAGGCAGCACUGGCCAGCCCAGUUCUCCGAGAGGAAGAAGCCUCUGACCCAAGUGCCCAGCUGUCACCAGGGUCUUCAGUGUGUUUUCAUGGAUUGCUGCCCUCUGCAGUGCUGUGCACUCAGAUUCUAAGAAUCUGGGGGAGGAAUAUACUGUGUAUAGUAACGGUUUAUAUUUCAUUACGCUACUAAAUGUUCAUCUUUUCUACAUUAAAUUUUUUUCUGUAAUGAAA